UAGGAUGGGAAUAGUUUUGAGCGUUACGUAUGAUUACGAUAUCGGUGCAUAUGUGCGCUGUUCUCCCGCCAAUCAAUCAAACAUCAAUCAAAGUCGCUUCUCCUCUCAAACGGAGCGAUUUCACUUUAUAAGUCGAUAGAACCACAAAACGAGGCACACAGUGGCUACCAAAAGGCAGUCUACCGGCCGUAAAUGCUUUUAUGGCCCUCAUCUCUGUUCCCACAUCUUUGUUAGGCCAAUGCAAAUACUCCUUUAUGGUGUGUGAAUAAUAUACCUACGAACGAACUGCAAUCACUGGUUUCCAGCAUUUGAUCGCACCCAUCCAUCCGAUCCGAUCCAAGCAGUAAUGCAACAACCGGACAAGAGCCCUCAGCGCUAAACUAGUCCAAGCCAAAAGUUCCAAACCCACCUAAUCCUAGUCCAGCGUAUCCACGAUUCCAAGAUGACCGAUAAUGGGAACACUCAUAACAACAACAACAACAACAACGAUGAGGCACUCAGACUGCGACUGCCCGAAGAGCAGGCCGAGCAGCUGCUGCCCAAGAACGGAUCAGCUGGAUCUGGUGGCCAGACCAAGAUAGCGCCUCCCACGCAUCAUCAUUCCAACGCCGAGUCCCAGCCACAGAAGGUAGCAGCGAAAGGAUCGCAUCCGGCCAAAAAGAAGCGGGACAAGAGCGAUCUGGGUGAAGAUUUUGUGGCGCCCGAUGGAGGAUGGGGCUGGCUGGUGUCCGUGGCCAGUGGCGUCAACAUUCUGGUGACGUUCGCAUUGGCCCAGCAGUUUGGCCUCAUCUUCCGCGAUCGCAUGAAUAAUUUAAGGAUCACCAGCUCCGAACUGACCACCAUUAUUAACACACAGAUUGCUGUAUCCGCAUUUACAGGUCUGCUGAACGGCCCGCUUUUCCGUCGCUACACCUAUCGAGUGGUGGCUCUGGUGGGAUCCGCGCUGACCUUCCUGGGUCUCCUCUGGAUGGUAUUCGCCGACACCUUCGCCAUCUACUUAUUGAGCUUCUCAAUCAUAUACGGAUUCGGACGAGGACUGACGGUGUCCGCCUCCUCGCUGGCGGUCAAUACAUACUUCAAGGCGAAGCGACGCACUGCAACAGCAUUCCAGUUUGGAGUGGCCGGCGUGGGACCAAUUGUGUGUCCCCACCUUGCCACCUACAUGGUGUACGAGUUUGGUGUCCAGGGGACGACGCUGCUCUUUGCCGGCGCCUCACUGCACACCAUUGCCUGUUCGCUGAUUUACCAGCCAGUCAAGUGGCACGUUGUGAAGCGGGAUCGCGAUGCGGAGGCACUGCAGCAGGUCCAACCGCUGGCAGAGCGCGAGGAUCAGGACGAUGAUAUUAUCAAGAACGUGGUGGAGCCGGAUACCCCGGUGCUGCCGCGUGCCAAUGACGGUUGGUUCGGCUCGAGGGCCUCGUUGAACAGUGUGGGCACUCGUAAUCGAUUGAAUACCUGGGAGAAAUCCGAUGGCAAUGGACACAUGGAGCUGAAGAGGCUGAGCAGUAAGGACUCGAAUCCUGGGCGCCAGCUGCGCAGCAUAUCCGUGAGUCACAGCAUUAAGGAAGAGGAGGCCACUGGCUACAAUACUGAUCAUGAAGUGCACACCACCGAGCUAACGGAGAAGGAAAAGCAAGAGCUGGAGGAUGAGGAGGAGCGCCAGCGGCGCAAGAAGCUGCCGUUCUACAUGAAAGUGGUGGUCUUCUUUGAUAUGGAUCUGCUAAGGGAUAUCACGUAUGUCAACCUGGCAAUUGGCAUCACUCUGAUCAACUUUGUGGAAGUCAACUUUGCCAUCCUGACACCCUACAUCCUGGGUGAUCUGGGCUUCAAUAAGGAUCAGGUUGCGCUGGCCAUGUCCACGCUGGGAUUCUUCGAUCUGGUGAUUCGAUUCCUCAUACCCCUGAUCACGGCUAAGAUCAAUUUCAGCAACCGUACCUUCUUCGUUGUGGGCAUUUUGGGCAUGUGCAUUGGUCGCAUGUUCCUCUCGAUGACCUCCAACUUCUACGUCCUGAUGGUCAUCUUCCUGUGGUUGGGCCUAAACAAGGCCUUCCGCACGGUCUUCUGGUCCCUGAUCAUUCCCAGCUAUGUGCCGCUGAAGAGAUUGCCGGCGGCUGCUGGCCUACAGCUGCUGAUGUCCGGCACCUUUUCGAUGAUCUUCGGACCGCUAAUUGGCCUAAUCAGGGAUCGCACCAGCUACGCGUUUACCCUCAACGUGCUGAAUGCCCUUUGCCUGCUGGCCUUCGCCGGCUGGUAUCUGGAAGACUUCAUCCGCGCCCGCAGACGGAAAUCGCCACCCGUCAAGUCAGUUAACUGAUUAACUGAACAACUACUGAUCAACGGAUCAACGGAUCAACUGUACAACUGAUCGUAUGAUGGCGUAGUUUUACUCAGUGCCAGCAAUUCCAGGACCAAGACCGUUCCCCCAUCCAUCCUAACUUUAGCAAAAUGUUAUUCUUGUUAUCGCAUUUGCCCAGUGCUUUUUUUUUAUCUGUAUGUUUAUGUAAACUAUAUUCAGCGUGUACAUUGUGUAUAUACUAUUCGAGUGUAGUAAAUUAAUUGUAUUAAAUAUUGAUAAUUGUUAAA